UUUUUUUGUGCGAAAGUUGCCAAGGCCAACAGCUGCGAGCAACUAGCGAACUAGGGGAACAAUAAGCGUUUAUACAUCUAUAUAUAUAUAUACAUAUAUAUAUAAUGAUUUAUAGAAAGAUUCAAUUUUCUUUUGCUUAUACUUUAUAUUGCGUAUACGCCACGUCGUCUAAAUGAUGGGCAUUUCCCAUUGAGUGACGAGAUAAUUUACAAAUUUACACAGUUAUAGUUAAAAUCCGUUUAUAAUCCGUAUAUAAUUCAUUAGAAAUUUUUUCCCCUGAAAAACGGCAUUUGAACUUUAGGAAGUGCUUAAGUAACGUUGUAUUGUUGAAGUUUUUCCACGAAACUACGGCUUGCAAAGUAUCGAUCAAGUGUGCAAGCUCCAUUCUUGGCUAACCUGUCUAGCAUUAUAGCCAUGCGAUAUUUGCUCUUUAUUGGGUUUUUCCUGUUUGCUCUUUUGACCCUGUCUGUGGGUCAGGAGUUUUGCCAUUGUAAUCUUAUAUAUAAACCAUUGUGCGCAUCGGACUCCAAGACCUACAGCAACUACUGUGAAUUCAAAUGUGAAGUUAGAAGUGGAAACCCCAUAACAGUGGUAACAUGGAAAAAGUGCAAGUAAUAUGUAUAUCCACCUGGUUAUGGCCGACCAAAAGUUGUAUGAUGUAAUGUGAAUAAUAAAUGCAACCAGUGUCUUUUGGAUUGUGAAGCCAAAAACGGACGCUACAUUACUGUGAAAAAUUGGGGAAAGUGCGGGAACACUAAAGAUGAAUUGCCAUUUUUAUAUCGACUUGAUAAAAAGUGUUUAAUAAAUAAAAAUUUUAAAUAAUUUAAAAAUGUACAUAUAUGCUUCUGGUAUCAGACCGAAUCGCUGAAGCUUAAACUGUGUUUACACAAACGAUAUUGUUUAAAUCUUCUUCGCAGUGUUUAUUUCCAAUAGGUUCAUGACAAUGCAAAUAAAUAGAAAAUUUAAAUGCAUAAAUAUUUAUUCAUACUUAUUUUAUUGUCAUAACAAAGCCGGAAAAUUAGAUGAAAGACAACUGUCUACAGAGAACUAAAUAUUUAAGUGUGCAUUUUUUGAGGCUGCUGUUAUUGACCCCAUUUUUGGCUUGGCUUCUAAUUAGGCAAAUGUUGCCAUAACUUUACCCAACAAAUAAAGCAAAAUAUAUUAAUAAAUUAAUGAAUAUAUAUUCCUGCGUAUCAAUAUUGCAUAUUAUAACUAAGUCUUGGUAGAAGAUUCGGUGGAAUAGGACUGCGAGCAUCGGUUAACUUUGAACCUUAGAAAGUUAUAAAGUCACGGUUUAUUGCUGUAGUUUUUCCAACUAGGGCUUGCUAAGGUGGCAGGUUCUGGCUUAUCUAUAAAUAAGUGGCAAUCAUUUGGGAAAGCUCCAGUCUUGCCAAGCCUGUCUAGCAUUAUAGCCAUGCGUUGCCUAGCCUUCAUCGCUUUCUGCCUGUCUGCACUUUUGGCCCUGGCUGUGGGCCAGGUAUUCCA